CUUCUCCGCGUGAUGACGGUCAGAGCGCAGGCGCAGCAGUGUAUGUUGUUAUGUAGACGUUAAAAACUGAAACUUGAUAUAUUUUUUCCCGUCUAGUGACAUUAAAGUUCGUCACUCCGCGACGGGAACUAUUUUACUGUAACCGAACCAGGGCUAAUACCUUCAUUCACCUGGUAAGGUGCUGCGGGAGAAGAUGUCUGCGGGCUCCGGGAGUAGAAACACGAACACGGAACCGUGGGGCAGCUUCGAUGAUAACCUCAUCCAGGGCGGGGGUUCAGCCGUCAUCGACAUGGAGAACACGGAUGACACAUCUGGCUCCAGCUUCGAGGACAUGGGCGAGAUGCACCAGAGGAUGAAAGAGGAGGAGGAGGUGGCAGCUGAAGCAGCUGCCACUGAGGAUGAUGAUGGAGAGUUUCUGGGCAUGAAGGGGUUAAAAGGUCAACUGGGCCGACAGGUUGCAGAUGAGGUAAUUCCAGAAGGUCAAAGGUCCAAGCAGUUGAUUCAGGUAUGGCAGGCAGGGAAGCGCCAGGCAUCCAGAGCCUUUAACCUGUACGCUAACAUUGAUAUCUUGAGGCCAUACUUUGAUGUGGAGCCAGUGCAGGUGCGCAGCAGGUUAAUCGAGUCCCUGAUUCCUGCCCGCAUGAUCAACUUCCCACAGAAGAUUGCAGGUGAGCUGUAUGGUCCUCUGAUGUUGGUGUUCACCCUGGUGGCCAUCCUCCUGCAUGGUAUGAAGACUUCAGGAACAGUCAUUAGAGAGGGGACGCUGAUGGGAACAGCCAUAGGAACCUGUUUUGGUUACUGGCUCUGCGUUUCCUCCUUCAUCUACUUCCUUUCGUACCUGGUUAACGCCCAGAUCACAAUGCUGCAGACACUGUCCCUGCUGGGAUACGGUCUGUUUGGCCACUGCGUUGUUCUCCUCGUCACCUACAACAUUCACUUCCACUUCCUGUUCUACGUCCUCUGGCUGGUGAUCGGGGGACUGUCGACUCUGCGUAUGGUGACAGCCAUCCUGUCUCGUACAGUCGGUCAGACACCUCGUCUGCUGCUCUGUGGGACUCUGUCCGUGCUGCACAUGUUAUUCUUGCUCUACCUGCACUUUGCCUACCACCGCAUUGUGGAAGGGCUCUUGGACUCACUGGAAGGACCGAACCUGUCUCCAAUUCAGCGUGUGGCCAGAGACGUGCCUGAAGUGAUGCUUAAUACUACGAUGAGAAGUCUGGGGAACAUGGCGAAGACCCGCUGAUGGCCCUUGAACUGUUUUCCUUAGAACCUAAAAUGACAAAAUCCUCCCACCCAAAAGUAGCAUGAGUGAUUUGAUAAAGACAAUGCAUGGUUUAGAGAAAGUAAAUGGACUUUUGGACUUUGGGUUGAGAGGUUUCUGUCACAUUUUCAGCAGUUGAUUGUUUUCUUAACCUUUUUUAUGCUGUCUGUAAGUUUUGGUUCAUUGUUCUUUGUGUUUAGAUCUAUUUAUAGUUUCUGCAGGAAACUCCAAUAAACUCAGUGUAAUGUGGUUUAA